CUGAGACAUAGCCUUAUGUCACCAACGCCCACAUUGACUGUUGGUUUGAUAAGAAAGGAGGACACCGGCGCCACGCAGUUCGACAUGAAGUGUAUUGUACUAAUUAUCUUAGGAGUCCAUCUGACAUGUGUAUUGUCGUUGGACUUUGAACGAGAGGCAAGAGAGGCCGAAACGAAAACAGUAGACGUGGAGCACCUUUACACCCAUAAUGAGGCUUUCCGAAAUAUAACCAAGAGUGGAGUUCCCAGCAAGCGAGUCGUUGGUGUAUUGUCGGCGGCCGGAGUGGGAUUCAAACUGCUGUCCGGUGUCGCUUCACAAGUGGACUUGUCACGUGUCUGUGUGGUAGGGUUUUCUAACAUGGGAAACCGGAAAUUAGUCAACCCAGAGUGGUAUCUGUCGCAUGGCGUUCUCCGGGAACCACUGCCAAGGGAAAUCCUCCCAGGAGACGGCGGAGUGUUUAUUUUUGAGAAAACGCAUUACGCUACUUUCGGGACGGCAGGCGUUUUUACAUACGCGAUCGAAAAUUCUGGCUACCAGGUGGCGGUCAUGUGGGAUGUCCCUAUGAUAUACGGGCCUUCCUCCAACAUGUUCAAUGUCCACGUGAGCAUUAAACGUAUAUGUUACUAUCUUUAUUUAGACCCCGGAAGUCAAAAUUGCGUCUGUCAGUAGUUUAUUGAUAUUCAA